UGCACAACAUUACCUACGUUGUCAAAUGUUGUGCAAAUAUUAUUAACUUCAAAUUCAACUAAAUUCCCUUGUGAAACAAUUAGUAAUAAUUAUUUACUUAUCUAAUAACUUUGUUGUGUAGUUUUAGUGUUAUCAAUUUUUGUAUACUUUCUUUUUUAUAAAUCGACACAAUCACAAAAAUGUCAAAACCUUCAUCACCUUGGAACAAAAUACAACCAAUUGCAGAUGUAGCAAGUAUAGAAGAAAUUAUGUCCGAAGAAAUAGCUAGAGAUUUACAAAGUAAAGAAGAACAAAAAUUAGCAAAAUUUUUAGCUGAACAACAAAUUAUGUCGAAUUCAGAUCAAAUCAGUGACGAUACAAUGAAGACAAUAGAUGAAAAUUACUGUGAUUCUGAUGCAGUUAUCGCAAAAAUGUUACAAUAUCAAUAUGAUCGUGAAUAUGACAAUAUAUUAAAAAAAACUGAAGAUAAAUUUAAUGGUACAUCGAAAGUAUCAAUAUCGUUUUCGAAUUAUCGUCGUACACCGAAUUCCGAUUACUUUGAUGAUGAUAGUGAUGAAGAUGAUGCCCCAGAAAAUCCAGAGGAGAAAAAGGAUUGGGAUCGUUUUGAAACGGUUGAGAAAGAGUUUAAUGCAAUUCCACGUUGUGGUUAUAAAAUUCAGCCAGAAGGAAAUAUGAUUACAAAACAUGAUACUUUAAUGUCAGGUAGACGUAAUGCUGGUAGGGUAAUGGCAUUUCCACCAGAAUUUCAAACUGGCGAUGGUGCUGGAUUCGAUAUGAGGUUAACAAAUAAAGUAUUUAACAGUUUAAAAGCAUAUUCACGUAAAGAACAAGCACGUAGACAUCGUGUUAAUGAUAAAAAAGAGGAUCAAGCUACCGCUGAAAUGGGUGUUGAUGAAAAAACUCGGUUGAUUCUCUACAAAUUAAUUAAUAAACAACUAUUACAACAAGUAAAUGGUGUUAUAAGUACAGGAAAAGAAGCUGUUGUCUUACACGGUGAUUGUGAUCCGGAAUAUCCUGACGGUGAACUCCCUAAAGAGUGUGCUAUAAAAAUAUUUAAAACAACACUAAAUGAAUUCAAAACACGUGAUAAAUACAUAAAAGAUGAUUUCCGUUUUAAAGAUCGUUUCUCUAAACAGAAUCCACGUAAAACAAUACAUUUAUGGGCGGAAAAAGAGAUGCAUAAUCUGAUACGUAUCAAACGAAUUGGUUUACCAUGUCCGGAUGUAUUAAAUUUAAAGAAACAUAUACUCGUUAUGUCAUUUAUUGGUGAAGAAAAUCGUUCAGCACCAAAAUUAAAAGAUGCCAUACUUAAAUUUGAACAAUUGUGUGAUGCGUAUGAACAGUGUAUUGAUGCAAUCACACGAAUGUAUCGUGAUGCUCAAUUAAUUCAUGCGGAUUUUUCAGAAUAUAAUAUUUUAUGGUAUGAUAAUAAAUGUUGGUAUAUUGAUGUGAGUCAGGCUGUGGAACAAUCACAUCCAAGUGCUUAUGAAUUUUUAUUGAGGGAUUGUGGAAACAUUAGUACGUUUUUCACCCGUAAAGGCGUACCAAACGUAAAAAGUGCAGAAGAAUUAUUUAUGGAUGUGACAGGUACUGAUUCAGCAACAGCAAUUGAAUCACAACGUAAAGUAAAGAAAGGCAAACCACAUUUAGUAAAUCAAUUAAAUAACGAUCAACAUGUAUAUAAUUUUGAUUAUGCAUGGGAUGAAUCAACAAAAAUCACUGCCAAUGAUAUUUCAACUGCCACUAUUCAACAUGACUUACAGGUGUGUCAUUUAGUUGAACCACCACAAGCGUAAACAACAAAAUUAUAAUAAUUAAUUUGAUAUUAUUAAUUGAUAUUUUAAAAUAGUAUAGCAUUGGUGAGGUUCAUAACACUGUCAAGUCAAAUCGGUAAACAUUUUUGAGUUGUUAACUAAUGAUACAAGAAAUAAUAAAUUAAUAUUACGCUAUAAAACAAUAAAAACUGAGUUGACUAAAAUUUAUGUGUCAAAUUCAAUGAAAUAUAUAUAUUAUUUUGAUUAUUUUAAUCAAAUUGGGGCGCACGACGUAUCUUAAUGUUUCCGAUUAGAUACAGAAACUAAAUUAUAAUAAAAAUUAAUUAAAUCAAAACUAGU